ACUUCCUCCUCACGUCAGAACUCUCUGGCCAAUGAGCGAGUGAAACGUAGCCUUUGUUGGAUGACGUAUACGGAAAACGGACUCCUGAAUGAGUCUGAAUGAAGCUGUUUUUGACUCUUGUUUCUAAAACAAAAUCCCGUUUUUUCACUUAGAGCUAUGCAAACGUGGAGUUUAGUAUCGAUUAGCGUUUUACUCGCUGUUUUGGUAAGAUGGGGCGUGUCGUUAAACUCAUAUUCAGGUGCAGGAAAACCUCCCAUGUUUGGUGACUAUGAAGCCCAAAGACACUGGCAGGAAGUGACCUACAACCUCCCUCUUCAACAGUGGUACUUUAAUACCUCUGACAAUGACUUGAACUAUUGGGGUCUUGACUACCCUCCUCUCACCGCCUACCAUAGCUGGCUCUGUGCUUAUGUAGCAAAUAUUCUGAACCCUGACUGGGUUGAGCUGCACAAAUCCAGAGGCUAUGAAAGUCCUGCCCACAAGUUGUUUAUGAGAACUACAGUCCUGGUGACAGAUGUGUUGAUAUACAUUCCUGCAGUUGUUUUAUACUGUUUAUACCUGACUGAUGGCUCUGCUAAGAGAAAGGUGUCCAUUCUUCUCAGCAUUCUUCUUUACCCUGGACUAAUUCUCAUAGACUAUGGCCAUUUUCAGUAUAAUGGAGUGAGCCUGGGCUUUGCCCUAUGGGGGGUUCUGGCUCUGGGGCUGGGCUGGAACUCCUUAGGCUCCCUGGCCUUCUCUCUGGCUCUCAACUACAAACAGAUGGAGCUGUACCAUGCACUGCCCUUCUUCUGUUACCUUCUUGGAAAGUGCAUCAAAGCUGGGCUAAUUGGGCGUGGGUUCAUCCUGUUGGUGAAAAUUACUGCCACAGUGUUGGUGACUUUUGGCCUCUGCUGGCUGCCCUUCCUACCUGAUCCCAGUCAGGUGUUGCAGGUGGUCAGGAGGAUCUUUCCCGUGGAUCGUGGCUUGUUUGAGGAUAAGGUGGCUAACACAUGGUGCAGCCUGAACUCCGUGAUAAAGAUCAGAUCCAUUCUGACAAGCGACUCUCAGCUUUACCUCAGUUUGGCUUUCACUCUCCUAGCAGCAAUUCCAUCCUCUAUCAGAUUGCUGAUGAAGCCCACUUUCUGGAACUUUAAACUGGCUUUGAUCAACUCAUCUCUGGCCUUUUUCCUGUUCUCCUAUCAAGUUCAUGAGAAGUCCAUUCUGUUGGCUGCCCUCCCAGUCUGCCUCCUUCUGAAUGAAUUUCCACUCGUGUGCAUUUGGUUCCUGCAAGCCUCAACAUUCAGCAUGCUCCCUCUUUUCCUGAAAGACGGCCUGCUGGUUCCCUACACUGUCACCUUCCUGGGGUUUCCCUUUCUCACCGUCUACUUAUUGUCGGCUCUGGAUGACUGUUCAGAGGAUGAGUUGAAACUUGGUAUCUAUGGGAAGCUGUUUUCCUUUCUACCCAAAAUCCACCUGGCUUGUAUAAUUAAAUGGAAGUUCUACAUCAGCAUGGCUCUUAUGGCUGUUUUGAGCAUCCUGUGUGUAGCUAUGGACCCACCGCCACAUCUACCAGACUUGUUUCCUGUCCUGGUGUCAACGACAGCCUUCAUGCACUUCUUGGGAGUAUUUCUACAUUUUAAUAUUGUUCAGUUCAUGGACCCACCCAGAAAAAAGAGCCGAAAGAAAAAUAACUAAGCUAUUUUUUUCAGGAAACUCAGUGUUGCAAUGUGAGUCUGUUUUGGCUCUGACCACCUAGACUGUACACGAGGCUUUUCUGACUCUCAAAUAGAAAAAUAAGACAAGUUCAUAUGAAAAGUAUCUAUAUUAAUAACAGCAGAUCAAAGAAAGUUGUGAGAUCAAGUGAAAGGAAAGAGUAUUGGUGUUUUCCUCUGUGGACCAACAGUGCAUGUGAAAUAUUUCUAAUCAAUUGAUUUUUCUGAAAGGGGAACAGCUAUAAUGUGAGUAAUAAUAAAGAUUUACACAAGGAGAUGUUCUGCAGCCUAAAUAUGAGACUUUCAAAUGCCAUGUCAAUAAAAACUUGUAAUAAUUAUGUUGGGAACAUAAAAGAUGUUGAUGCAGUUGUGCUGUUACUGUUCAUGUUGCCUCUUCUGUUGGACUCUGUAGGGAUUGUGAUGAAUGCACAUUGACCAGUUUUGUAUUCAUGUAAACUUUCAUUUUUCUACUGUGGAUUUCUGUUCAUCAUUAAAGAUAUUUUGUACAAACGUA